GAGCGCGGAGUCCGCCAUUCGCUCGCCUCACGCUUUCGGAGUCGCCUGAUACACCGCAGCUGCGCGGGAAAGGAAGAGGAGGCCGGAGGCGGCGCUGGUGCCCUCAUGCUUUCCGCACUGUUACAGAAGUUUUAUCAAGUUUCCGUGCUUCUUAACUGUGUUGGAUCCAUUUUAACUCUCUUCCUGCCAAGAUGUCUAUUGGUGUGCCGAUUAAAGUUCUACAUGAGGCUGAGGGUCACAUUGUGACGUGUGAGACAAACACCGGUGAGGUGUAUCGUGGGAAGCUCAUUGAGGCGGAAGACAACAUGAACUGCCAGAUGUCCAACAUCACGGUCACAUACAGAGAUGGCCGAGUGGCACAGCUGGAGCAGGUGUACAUCCGUGGAAGCAAGAUCCGCUUUCUGAUUUUGCCUGACAUGCUGAAAAAUGCACCCAUGUUAAAGAGCAUGAAAAAUAAAAACCAAGGCUCAGGAGCUGGUCGGGGAAAAGCUGCUAUUCUGAAGGCCCAAGUGGCCGCGAGAGGAAGAGGACGUGGAAUGGGACGUGGAAACAUCUUCCAGAAGCGAAGAUAAAUUUAUCUGUUGAACAGAACUUUGCCGUUAUUUUUUUCUUUUAGGUUAUUUGGGUUUGCUGCGGUGUGAAGAAGUAUGAAGUGUGUGCUUAUGUAUAUGUUCUAUGUUUUCUUUUGACAUCUGCUUGAGAUCGGGAGAAAUGUUAAAAUAAAUAAAUGUAGUUUUUUCCUUUUUGA